UGCAUCCAUCUCAUUUUUGAGUGGAGGAAGUAUUUCUUUCGAUUUAAACAACUCUUCUUUGGAAAUAAAAACUGAAAAUACGCUAUUACCUAGCCCUAGCCUACCUCUUUUAAAACAUCCUGUUUAUAACCGUGUGGUUAACUGCUACUGUAGAGCAGGUCUUCUAGUCAUUACUGCUGGAGAAGAUGUGUAAGAGAUGCCCCUAUGUUGAUUUGGGUUGGGCAGUGUAUAUGAUGACCAGUUUAGUCCUUUCCGAGAGUCUACUAAUAAUCCAAGCAGACUGCAAUGAAGAUAUUUAUAUGAAGUGUGAAGCUAUCCAGGAUAAGAGCUAUCGAUCCAUUACAUGGUAUAAGCUGAACAACCGGACUGGUAUUAUCAGAAGAAGUGACAAUGAGAAGCCACAGUCAUAUGAAUUUCCCCGACCUGCCAGGUUUGGAGCGAUGGACAGUCUCAUUCUUCCCAGAGUCAGACCUGAGGAUGCAGGGACCUACCAGUGUCUCAUCAGGGCCAACAUAGGACAGACCAACAGAGUCUCAAAUGUCACCCUCAAUGUAUCUACAGAUUGUGUGAUCCAGACUACAGUGGCAGUGACAGCAUGGCAGGACGUGACUCACAGUACCCCACUGUGUACCAUGCACGUGGUGGAGGUCUCUGUCAUAUGGACUUCAUGUGGAUUCUUGAUUCUUGGCCUUGUCAAAAUCGCUCUGUGUCUCACCUCCAUUGAGGUUGUUCGAAACAUCAAGAGGAGACAUAGCAGGGGAAGACAACAGCAGUGGUAAUGAAAAUGGUUGCGUCUUGGUCAACAGUUCUGAGUGCAGUGAUUUCAAAAACAUGUUAGGCGUAUGAAAACAUCUGUUAGAUAGUUAGCUACAGGUAGAUGCCAAAAUAAAGGAAACACUUGAGAGUAAAUGAGGGAUUCAAAGUAUAUUGGAAGCAGGUGCUUCCACACAAGUGUGGUUCCUGAGUUAAUUAAGCAAAUAACAUCUCAUCACCCUUAGGUUCAUGUAUAAAAAUGUCCAGUUGCCCAUUAUUUUGGUUACCAUGGCUAGAAGAAGAGAUCUCAGACUUUGAAAGAGGGGUCUCAAAGGAGUA